AUGUCGGCGAAGCCCACGAGCAAGACAUUCGGAAAGUCGACCCGAGAGGUUCCUGCCUCUUCGGAGAAGGCUAAGAAGUGGUACCCCGCUGACGACGAUGCCGAGAACAAGAAGGUCCGCAAGGCUGUCCGAUCUUGGGCCCCUCGCAAGUCCCUCCAGCCCGGCACUGUCCUCAUCCUCCUCGCUGGCCGCUUCCGUGGCAAGCGUGUCAUUCUCCUGAAGUCCCUCGACCAGGGUGUCCUCCUCGUCACCGGCCCCUUCAAGAUCAACGGUGUUCCUCUGCGACGAGUUAACUCCCGAUACGUCAUCGCUACCUCCUACAAGGUCGACAUCUCCGGUCUCGACGAGAAGAAGAUCGAGGAGGUCUCUCAGCCCAAGUACUUCACCGCUGAGAAGGCCAAGGAGAAGGCUGGUGAGGAGGCUUUCUUCAAGCAGGGAGAGAAGCCCCAGAAGAAGGAGGUCAACAGCAGCCGUGCCGCUGACCAGAAGGCCAUCGACAAGGCUCUGAUUGCCAACAUCAAGAAGGUUGACAUGCUGGCUUCUUACCUCUCCAGCUCUUUCAGCUUGAGGAAGGGUGACAAGCCCCACGAGAUGGCCUGGUAA